AAAUGGUUUUGUGAAAAAACAAAAGUAGAAACUUAUGGGCCAGCGGCCCAACACCUGAACCAGAAAAUUGGAAGGCAGAGACGUGAGUCCAGCACGAAAUGGAGGAUUACUUUAUACGAAGAGUUUUAUUGAUUGUCAGAACUCACAAGUAAACAAAACUCUCCAAGAAUCAUCACACAACCGAAGAGAAUUGAAGAAGAAGGUGGUCGAGAGAGAGAGAGUGAAAGUGGAGGUGGUAGAGAGAGAGCAUGGGGGUGGACUACUACAAAAUACUUCAGGUGGACCGCUCCGCCAAAGAAGACGACCUCAAGAAAGCCUACCGCAAACUCGCCAUGAAAUGGCACCCAGACAAAAACCCUAACAACAAGAAAGAAGCCGAAGCCAAAUUCAAGACAAUCUCCGAAGCCUACGACGUAUUGAGUGAUCCGCAGAAGAGGGCGGUUUAUGAUCAGUACGGCGAGGAGGGUUUGAAGGGGCAGAUGCCGCCGCCUGAUGCCGGCGGUUUUUCUGGCAUGCGGGACGGCGGUGGGGCCUCAUUCCGGUUCAAUCCGCGCAACCCUGAUGAUAUAUUCUCCGAGUUCUUCGGCUUCUCGAGCCCCUUUGGGGGAAUGGGAGAUAUGGGAGGGGGGUCGAGGGCGGGGGCUUCGGGCUUCUCGAGGACUGUGUUUGGUGAUGAUAUAUUUACUUCGUUUAGGAAUGCGGCUGCCAGUGGGGAAGGGGGCUCCGGUGGAAUGCCGAGGAAGGCGGCCGCGAUUGAGCGGAUGUUGCCGUGUGGUUUGGAGGAUCUGUACAAAGGGACUACUAAAAAGAUGAAGAUUUCGCGGGAUGUGAUUGAUUCCAGUGGAAGACCCUCUACUAUGGAGGAAAUUCUUACAAUUGAAAUCAAGCCCGGGUGGAAGAAAGGAACAAAAAUAACAUUUCCAGAAAAGGGAAAUGAACAACGAGGUGUCAUACCAUCCGACUUGGUCUUCAUUAUCGACGAAAAGCCUCACAACGUGUUCAAAAGGGAUGGGAACGAUCUUGUAGUUACCCAGAAGAUCUCCCUGGUUGAAGCUCUGACUGGCUACACCGCCCAAGUGACUACCCUUGAUGGCCGGAAUCUAACCAUACCUAUCAACAGCAUUGUUAGUCCAACCUAUGAGGAAGUUGUAAAAGGAGAAGGGAUGCCUAUCCCUAAAGAACCCGGCAGAAAGGGAAACUUACGGAUCAAAUUCAACAUCAAGUUUCCUAGCCGGCUUACCCCUGAGCAGAAAACGGGCAUCAAGCGGCUAUUAACGUCCUCAUGAAUGCUGCCUCCAUCGUACUCCUGUAAGCUUGCUUUUCUGGUUGUGUCUUAACAUGCCUUGGAAAUUUGAAGGAUGAGUUAUUUGGAAACAUUUGUUUAGGUUCCCUAUUUUUUUAGAUGUUUAUUUAUCUUCAUUUCUUCGUUUCUAAUAUAUUUGAUCCUUUUUUUACAACCACAAAAAUAAUUUAUUCUCUUUAGUUUCUUCA